UCGGCGCCGAGGCGCGGUGAGGUGCGGGUCGCGCCGGGUGGCUCCGCUCGGCUUCCCCUCGGCUUCCCCCCCACCCCAACCCCGGGCCGCGCCGCGGCCGCCGCUCUCCCCCGGUCCCCUAUGGAAGAGAUGGAAGAGGAGCUGAAAUGCCCGGUGUGCGGCUCCUUCUACCGCGAGCCCAUCAUCCUGCCCUGCUCGCACAACCUGUGCCAGGCGUGCGCCCGCAACAUCCUGGUGCAGACGCCGGAGUCGGAGUCCCCGCAGAGCCGCCGCGCCUCGGGCUCGGCCGCCUCCGACUACGACUACCUGGACCUGGACAAGAUGAGCCUCUACAGCGAGGCCGACAGCGGCUACGGCUCCUACGGCGGCUUCGCCAGCGCGCCCACCACCCCCUGCCAGAAGUCCCCCAACGGCGUCCGCGUCUUCCCCCCGGCCGCCCCGCCGCCGCCGCCCGCAGCCCUGGCCCCGCCGCCGCCGCCCCGCAGCGCCUGCCUGACGUGCCCGCAGUGCCACCGCAGCCUGGGCCUGGACGAGCGUGGCCUGCGAGGUUUCCCCCGCAACCGCCUUCUGGAGGCCGUCAUCGACCGCUACCAGCAAGGGCGGGCGGCCGCGCUGCGCUGCCAGCUGUGCGAGAAGGCGCCCAAGGAGGCGGCCGUCAUGUGCGAGCAGUGCGACGUCUUCUACUGCGAGCCCUGCCGCCUGCGCUGCCACCCGCCGCGGGGCCCGCUGGCCAAGCAUCGCCUGGUGCCGCCGGCGCAAGGCCGGGUGAGCCGGCGCCUCAGCCCCCGCAAGAUCUCCACCUGCACGGACCACGAGCUGGAGAACCACAGCAUGUACUGCGUGCAGUGCAAGAGCCCCGUCUGCUACCAGUGCCUGGAGGAGGGCAAGCACUCCAGCCACGAGGUCAAGGCGCUGGGCGCCAUGUGGAAGCUGCACAAGAGCCAGCUUUCCCAGGCCCUGAACGGGCUGUCAGACAGAGCCAAGGAGGCAAAAGAGUUCCUGGUCCAGCUCCGCAACAUGGUGCAGCAAAUCCAGGAGAACAGCGUGGAGUUCGAGGCCUGCCUGGUGGCCCAGUGUGAUGCCCUCAUCGACGCCCUCAACAGGAGGAAAGCCCAGCUGCUGUCCCGGGUCAACAAGGAGCACGAGCACAAGCUGAAGGUGGUGCGAGACCAGAUUUCCCAUUGCACGGUCAAGCUGCGCCAGACGACGGGGCUGAUGGAGUACUGCCUGGAGGUCAUCAAGGAGAACGACCCCAGCGGCUUCCUGCAGAUCUCGGACGCGCUCAUCAGGAGGGUGCACUUAACCGAGGACCAGUGGGGAAAGGGGACGCUCACGCCCCGGAUGACCACGGACUUCGACCUGAACCUCGACAACGCCCCUCUGCUGCAGUCCAUCCACCAGCUGGACUUCGUGCAGAUGAAAGUUUCCUCUCCAGUGCCGGCCCCGCCGAUCCUGCAGCUGGAGGAGUGCUGCACCCACAACAACAGCGCCACGCUGUCCUGGAAGCAGCCCCCCUUGUCCACGGUGCAGGUGGAGGGCUACAUCCUGGAGCUCGAUGACGGCAACGGCGGCCAGUUCAGGGAGGUGUACGUGGGGAAGGAGACCAUGUGCACGGUGGACGGGCUUCACUUCAACAGCACGUACAGCGCCCGCGUCAAAGCCUUCAACAAAACCGGAGUCAGCCCGUACAGCAAGACCCUGGUGCUGCAGACAUCCGAGGAAACGCAGCCAGAAGAACAGACCCUCCCUUUUCCAGUGCCUUUGGAAAGAUUGCAGCUUCGUAGAAUGAGUCCUUUCUCCUCCACCCUUAAUCUACAACCCAGCUUUCCGGGGAGAUCCUACUUUGAGCUAAGAUCUUCGGCCCACCAGCUGAGCUUGCAUUCUUCUUUACAGUCCCUGAAUUCAGCCGGAUGCAAUUUUGAGACACAAGGAACGCCUUACUCUCAAUUAGUUGACAUUAAAAAAAUGGUGGCAGUAGCUUGGUUUUCUUUCGAUCCCUCCUCCGCGCACGCCGACAUCAUCUUUUCCAACGACAACCUGACCGUCACCUGCAACAGCUACGACGACAGGGUCGUGCUGGGGAAAACGGGCUUCUCCAAGGGGCUCCACUACUGGGAGCUGUCGAUCGAUCGCUACGAUAACCACCCCGACCCGGCCUUCGGCGUGGCGCGCAUCGACGUCCUGAAGGACGCCAUGCUGGGCAAGGACGACAAGGCCUGGGCCAUGUACGUGGACAACAACCGGAGCUGGUUCAUGCACAACAACUCGCACACCAACAGAACCGAGGGUGGCAUAACGAAAGGCGCCACGGUGGGGGUGCUGCUGGAUUUGACCAGGAGGACCUUGACGUUCUCCAUCAACGAGGACCAGCAAGGGCCGGUCGCCUUUGAGAACCUGGAGGGCCUCUUCUUCCCCGCGGUCAGCCUCAACAGGAACGUGCAGGUGACGCUGCACACCGGCCUGCCCGUCCCCGAGUUCUACGCCUCGCGCUCGGCCAUGCAGUGAGGAAGCUCCCGGGGCCGGCUGCCUCUGCUCGGGGCGAGAGGAGCCAGCCCGCUCCCUUCUGCGGCACCAGAGGCCUCUGCUCGGCCGGGGACCGGCGACGGGGGAGGCGAAAAAAAAAAAAAGGGCAGGAAGAAACUGGCUUUCGGCAGUCUUUGUUCUCCACCCGCCUGCGCUGUCCUGUGUGUGUGCGCUUCGCUCUUUAGCUCUUUUUGGCUGAUCAAGUAUACCUAGGUAGCCUGAGGUGUUUCUCCGUGUCCGCUUUUAGGUUUGGUUUUCCUGAUUUUGGUUAGGGUUCGGGGGGCAGAUUCGUCUCGUUUCGGAGGGCUUUCCGUCCUCGCUGGGCUGCAGGAAGGGGCCGGCCGGACAGACCCAGGAGGGCUGCGGGGAGGGGGACCCCCCCCAGGAAGGCUUUCGCCCCUGCCGGUCCCAUGGCUUUGCAGGAUGUUUCUUUCCCCGUGGCCUUUCUUUCAGAGCACCUCAGCCACGCGUCGAGGUCGGGCCUGGGUUACCAGCCGGUCCUGGGAAGCCCCAGGCGCCAGCCCCAGCAGCACCCAUCUGCCUUGGCCUGUCUUCGUGCAGCUCCCCCCGCAGGCAGCGGGCCCCCCGGGACUUGGGGUGGUGACGGGGUUGGCGUGUGUCAUUAACAUGGGUCGUUAACUAGCAUGGGUCGUUCACAAGACGUGUCCCAUCACCCCAAGGCGUUUCGCUGGGCGCAGCAGGCACCCACCGAGUGCCCCCCCCCCCCCACCCCCGGCUCCCCGCAGACCGGCGCCAGCCAACACGCCACAGCCAUACGCCGCGCGGCUCCUCGGAGAUGAGCGUUUAUUUUUCUAUAGUCGCCGUAUAAAAACCUAGCCUUAACUACUACCUGAUAGUGUCCUUCCCUUCACCGGAGAUUUCCUUCUGCAGCGAGGAUCUGAUGGGGAGCCCGGGGAGGACGGGGAGCUGCCCACAGCCCUGCCAUGCACUCAGGGACCCGUGCCCGCUGCCGUGCCUCCCCGCGCCCGCUGCCCACCGCGUUUCCCUCUGCUCCCAGCCGCCGCCGUGCCCCUCGCCGGCAAUUCGGGCGCAGGAGAGGAGCGAGCAGCCACCAGCCUGGUGCCAGCACGCGCCCCCCCGCCCCGCGCCGAGGGCGACUGCAUGCGCUUGUCCCCACGCUUUGCUUUUCCGUCCUUUCGCCGUCUCCCCAGCGCGGCUCGUGGGGCCGGAGGAGGUGCCGGUUUCGCUGCCCGGCGUUUGCCGAGCCGUGGCAAGCCGCGGUUCGUCGCCCCGGGGCUCGGGGCUGCAGGAGGAGCGGUCCAGCAGAAGGACUGUACAUAGGGCAUUCCCCUCCAGGACGGUCCCGUUCGUUCCCUCGUUGCUCUAGGAUUAAACUGACCUAAUUUAUUGAAGGGGUGCUAUCUCGUUCAUUCCCACCGACGGGUUUCUCAGCUGCAGGAGAGCCGUGUUGCGGGACAACGCCGAGCAGCUCUUUGGUUAAUUCCUGACGAGCCCCCGUGGCCGGGUCACGGGGCCCAUUUCUCAGCCGUUCCCCCCAUUCUUUAGGAUGUUCACGGUGCUUCUUAGACUCCUAGUGGUUGUAAGACGUCGUCCCCACUGUACCGCGAUGAUAGCUGCCUCCAGCUGCUGUACUACCGAGAAGUGUCAUGUUUGCUGUUCUAAUAAAGGACUUUUAUGAGAGA